AAAGCGGUCAAACCAAUGGAGGCUCGUCGUCGUCGGGAAUCGGCCAAGUCGAGUGCCGCAACCGUGUUGCCAUCAACUCAGGAUGAAGCAUUCAAUUUGCGUUUGAUCGAACUGUAUGGUAAGCAAGAAUGUCUGUGGAAUACCUCGCUGCCGGACUUUGAGAACAAGGAGCUGAAGGACUUGGCCUGGCAGAACAUCGUCAAGCAGUUGGGGUCACAUUUGACAACGGUUUUUUUAAGGAGUCGCAUACGAAACUUGAGACAUGGUUUGAAUGUUUACAAGCUUCAUGAAAUCGAAUAUAAAAUGUGUCCAAAUAAUGAUAAGCUGCCCGAGAAGCCUUACUAUAGCGAUCAAUUUGCCUUCUUAGAGAAGCUAGAGCAGCCUCAGAUCAUAUCCCCAGAGGCCAAAGAGGCCAAAGAUGCCAAAGAGAUAGACCCGCUGUCGAAUCUGAAGGAGGAUAUUAAAAAGCGAUUUAGUCGCCUGGAAACACAAAACAUCCAGACGAAUACUGGAAGCAUUGCCGACAUGGUAAAACAACGUUUGGCCGAGCAUGCAAAGUUGCCAAUGCAUGCUGUAAGGCGGCGUCUAAAAGUGUCGAUUAGCUCCUCAUCCGAUGCGGAUGUCGAUAAUAGUUCAACGAGCAGUAGCCAUGUAACCGGACUACCUGGUCGUAUGCCAAGAUCCAUACUGAAGGCACGUCCUGGCGAAUCGAUAUCACAGACCAAAUUGAUGAACCCUUCAAAAGCCGUAGCUCUGCCACAGGAUGGCGAAAUCGAAUCCGAGGAUGAGGAACUAUACCAUCUGCACUGGAAUAUACGCAAAAAUAUGAGUUUGCAACGCCGACGCACUUCGACGCUUCGCAAUAACCAGGAGCUGCGUAAUUCAAAGACACCAGAGAUGCCGCUGACCCUUCGCUCCAAAGUCUCAACUGAAGAUCUCGAUGAUAUCAUCUAGAUUAUGUUUAACUAGUAGAAAUUCUGUUUAAGAAAUUAAUGAAUAAAAUGUUUUCCGGUUCCUGCAAA